AUGUAUAAACAUCAAUCCUUAAAAUUAAGUAUACGAGCAAGUGCUAGUAGUGUGAUCAGUGAUACGAAUGGUAUUUGGGCUAAUCUUUUGAUUCCAACUUCUCGACCUCAGCACAGUAUUAAAAAAUUGGAAAAAAUUCACAGUGACUACAUGAAACUGAAGAAUCAUCGAAGUCGUGCAAAGACAUCGAAAAGACAACGAACAAAUGUGGAACAGUUUAGCAAACGUCUUGAUAAAUUAUUUGACAUUGCAAAUUGUGCUGCACUAAAAAAUUUACCAAAAAAUUUGCAGCAAUUUUUGACAGAUUGUCGUAAAGGAAAUAGAAAUAUCCAUCUACCAGCAAUUGACGUUAUACCAGAAGAAACUUCUGGAAAUCUGUCUGCGAUGGAAGUAGAAACUCCCAAUAAUGAGGAAAUUGGAAUGAAAUUAUUCCAACAGUCGUCCUCAAAUAGUUUCUGUAGUUCCAUAUCAAAUUCCAGUGAAUUGAAGCGAACUUGUUCAGACUUUGAAGAUACAAUGCCAGCGCCUAAGAAAAAUAAAAUUGAUAUUCUGACUUCGGAAUUAGUAUUAGCACUAGAUAGAACUAAAACUAGUAACAGAAAUGCGAUGUACAUCAUUUAUGCUGUGAUUCAUAGUUUAGGACUUGAGAUUGAUAAAUAUAAUUUAAGUUACUCCACUAUUCGCAAUGCGCAUAUUUCAAAAAGAGAAGAAAUUGUCGAUACGAUCAAAGAAGAAGAAAUUUUUGAUGACUCUCUCGUAGUGCACUGGGAUGGAAAGAUGCUUCCUGCGGGAAAUGGUCAACCAAAAGCAGAACGAUUAUCAAUACACGUCACCGGAAUAAAUACUGAUAAAAAUUUAAAAACUCCGAUUCUCUCUGAUGGCACAGGUGAAAGCCAAGCUUCAGCCAUUUUUGAAACGCUGAUAGAGUGGGAUCUUUGCGAUAAUGUUAAAGCAAUGUGCUUUGAUACAACUAGUUCAAAUACCGUUUAUCAAUAA